GCUUCUUCUGUCUAUGGCAAGCGCUUAAAAGCUGCGGCCCGCCCGCCCAAAGCGCACUCGAUCGCCGAGACUUGUGGGCGAGCUUUCUGCCUACCGCGCUACCCGUGAACUUUCGUCCGGAUCUCGUAAAGAUAACAAGAAUGGCCCAGAUCUGUUUAGCGCUCACCGUUGUAGCUGUGCUAAUGAUGACGCACGGAGUAACAGCAAAACGCGGAUGCUCUGCUUUCGGUCAUUCUUGCUUCGGCGGCCACGGCAAGAGAUCGGGUGACACUGCGCCUUUGGACCUGUCAAACCAGGAGUUGGUGGCGCGGCACCAGAUGGGACAGGAGGAGACCCCGCCCCACCCAGAAUAUUCGCACCCAGGGUACAACGUGCUGCAGCCCGGAGACGAUAUCAUACCCAUCAGGGACGGAGGCGCUUUUGAGCGUGAUGACACCGCCGCUCGGGAGGUAAUGAAGUUCAAACUUCGGAACAUCUUCAAACAUUGGAUGGAUAACUACAGGCGAUCACAGCAAGCCAGCGACGACGGCUACUACAUUGAGACGAUGUAAAAUAACAGAUAAUUCGCAUUCUAUGAAGUACCUACGAAAGCAUCACAGCCAACAUGGCGGUCUAGAUUAAAACACGUUUUAUUUAUACAUAUGUAGCAAAUUUCUGAAGUUGAUAUGUAAUAGAAUUAAAUUGUACAGUAUUAUUUCUAAUUUCUGUAUAAUUUAGAGAUGUUACUUUGAAUAAUUUUCGACAUUAAAUUCAAACGCUUUUGAGUUGUUUUACUUAUAAUUGACAAAUUUUCGAUUAAUUCACAAUCAAAAUGUUUCGUUAUAUUUACAAAAUCGAAUUUUUUCCUUCAUUCCUAUCAAAAACUUCACAUUUCAAACCUAUUUCCUUACUGUAACAUCUCUAUUGUUAUAUUACCUGCAAAAUUAAGUAGACAUUUUCGAAUAUAUUUUAUGUAGGUACAUAAAUAUCUCGUCAAUUACGGAAUUUAGUAGUUAUUGUUAUGUAGGUUUCAUUAUGAAAGGCUGGCAUGUUAAUUUAUAUUGCAUAUUGUAUAGUUAAUUCGGUAAUCUGACGAUUUCUUUGAAUAAUCUUUAAAAUAGUUUUCUUGAUGUUUAAUCGAUAUGCAUUCCCGAACAAUAUAACAUAAGUUUACCAUCAAUAUAGCAAGUAAUGUAUGUAGUAAUGACUGUGAAAUAAGUUAUGUACGAAAUAAACAGUUAGAAACAAUAUGUAUGAA